AUGGCUGCCGCCGUAGAUGACGGGCAGCUGCUCAAGCAGGCGACCGGCCGCAAUACUCGAGGCUUGCUCCGGGUGAUUAUCCUGUGCCUCAUCGCUGCCGCCGCCGUAAGCAGUCGUCUGUUCUCCGUAAUUCGCUUUGAGAGCAUCAUCCACGAGUUCGAUCCGUGGUUCAACUUCCGAGCGACGAAAUACCUUGUACAGAAUGGCUUCUACAGCUUCUGGGACUGGUUCGACGACCGAACAUGGCACCCUCUUGGACGAGUCACGGGUGGUACUCUCUACCCCGGGCUGAUGGUCACCAGCGGUGUCAUCUACCACGCCCUCCGCGCUCUCGCCAUGCCCGUCGACAUUCGAAACAUCUGUGUCCUCCUCGCGCCUGCCUUCUCAGGUCUUACCGCGCUCGCGACGUACCUCCUGACCUCCGAGAUGGUCCCGUCGCCCUCGGCCGGUCUGCUCGCCGCAGCCUUCAUGGGCAUCACCCCCGGUUACAUCUCGCGAUCCGUCGCAGGAAGUUACGAUAACGAGGCCAUUGCCAUCUUCCUGCUCGUCUUCACCUUCUUCCUGUGGAUCAAGGCAGUCAAGCUCGGAUCCAUGUUCUGGGGUGCAUUGACUGCGCUGUUCUACGGAUACAUGGUGUCAGCGUGGGGUGGAUACGUCUUCAUCACCAACUUGCUGCCCCUGCACGCUUUCGUCUUGAUCUGCAUGGGACGAUACAGUCCGAGAUUGUACGUCAGCUACACGUCGUGGUAUGCGCUCGGUACGCUUGCGAGUAUGCAGAUUCCCUUCGUCGGUUUCUUGCCCAUCCGCAGUAGCGAGCACAUGUCCGCGCUCGGUGUCUUUGGUCUCCUCCAGCUGGUGGCCUUUGUCGACUGGGUUCGCGCACAGCUUCCCGGCAAGCAGUUCCAGACGCUGCUCCGCGCUCUGGUUCUAAGUGUCUUCCUCAUCGGUGUCGGAGGACUGGUGCUUCUUACCGUCUCUGGCGUCAUUGCGCCCUGGACUGGCCGUUUCUACUCGCUCUGGGACACCGGAUACGCCAAGAUUCACAUUCCUAUCAUCGCCUCCGUCUCCGAGCACCAGCCUACCGCAUGGCCCGCUUUCUUCUUCGAUCUCAACAUGAUGAUCUGGCUCUUCCCCGCCGGUGUCUACUUGUGCUUCCGCACUUUGACCGACGAGCAGGUCUUCAUUGUUAUCUACGCUGUGCUCGCCAGUUACUUCGCUGGUGUCAUGGUCCGUCUCAUGCUCACUUUGACUCCCAUUGUCUGCGUUGCAUCGGCAAUCGCUUUCUCGCAGAUUCUCGACACCUACCUCGACGUCAAGACCCCCAAGCCCGUCACCGAGAACGGCAGCACCGAUACCGCUGCAGUCGCUGCUGCAGCUAUCCUUCCCGAGGGUCUCCGAUCUACACGCAACCCGCUCGUCGGCAUCUACUCGUAUGCCUCCAAGCUUACCGUCGCCGGAACCGCCGCCAUCUACCUCAUGCUGUUCGUUCUGCACUGCACAUGGGUCACUUCGAACGCCUACUCUUCGCCCUCCGUCGUGCUCGCAUCCAGACUUCCUGACGGUAGCCAACACAUCAUCGAUGACUACCGUGAGGCAUACUACUGGCUCAGGCAGAACACCCCUCAGAACGCCAAGAUCAUGUCGUGGUGGGACUACGGAUACCAGAUUGGUGGUAUGGCCGACCGCCCAACCCUUGUCGACAACAACACCUGGAACAACACGCACAUCGCUACCGUCGGUAAGGCUAUGAGCUCCAGGGAGGAGGUCAGCUACCCCAUCAUGCGUCAACACGAGGUCGACUACGUAUUGGUCGUCUUUGGUGGUCUACUUGGUUACUCUGGAGACGACAUCAACAAGUUCCUCUGGAUGGUCAGGAUUGCCGAGGGUAUCUGGCCCGAUGAGGUCAAGGAGCGCAACUUCUUCACUCCACGAGGCGAGUACCGUGUAGACGAGGAGGCUACCCCCACCAUGAAGAACAGCUUGAUGUACAAGAUGUCUUACUACAACUACAACGCGCUGUUCCCCGCUGGACAAGCCCAGGACCGUGUCCGUGGCGCGCGUCUUCCCGCACAGGGCCCCGAGCUCAGCACCAUCGAGGAGGCCUUUACCAGCGAGAACUGGAUCAUCAGGAUCUACAAGGUCAAGGAUCUUGACAACUUUGGUCGCGACCAUCAAAGCGCCGUAUCGUUCGACAAGGGCCACAAGAAGAAGCGGUCCACCAAGAGGAAGGGACCUAGGGUAUUGAGAGUUGAGUAG